ACAACAACACGAGUGUUCAAAGUGUCACGUUGCGCGCGCCGCUUGACCCACGGAGGACUUCUUAACUCCUUUUGAAAAAAAAUACAAAACAAUAAGUGGCUAAAAAAAAAAAAAAACAGGAAGAGGGAACGGGGGGGCUCAGCAUGUGACCGCAUAAGGACGCUCACAUGGCCGCCGCGGUGAUCCGCUUUUAGCCCCGCAGCCGAGCAGCCGAGCAGCGGAGAGCAGGCUUCCCACCCCCGCACUCAUCAUGGCGGACGGCGGGCAGAAAGUGGUGCUGAUCACCGGCUGCUCCUCCGGCAUCGGCCUGCGGAUCGCCGUCACUCUGGCCAGGGAUGAGAAGAAGCGUUACCAUGUCGUCGCCACAAUGCGGGACCUGAAGAAGAAGAGCAAGCUGGUGGAGGCGGCGGGCGACGCCUACGGGAAGAACCUGGUGCUGCUCCCGCUCGACGUCUGCAGCAACGAAUCGGUCAAGCAGUGUGUGGACAACAUUAAGGACCGCCAUAUUGACAUCUUAAUCAACAACGCCGGCGUGGGUCUGCUGGGCCCGGUGGAGAGCAUCAGCAUCGAGGAGAUGAAGCGCGUGUUCGAGACCAACUUCUUCGGCGUGGUGCGCAUGAUCAAGGAGGUGAUGCCCGACAUGAAGAGGAGGCGCUCGGGACACAUCGUGGUCAUGAGCAGCGUCAUGGGUCUUCAGGGUGUGGUCUUCAAUGACGUUUACACUGCCUCCAAGUUCGCCAUGGAGGGCUUCUGUGAGAGCAUGGCGGUGCAGCUCAUGAAGUUCAAUGUCAGGUUGUCCAUGAUCGAGCCCGGGCCGGUCCACACGGAGUUCGAGACCAAGAUGAUGGAGGACGUGGCCAAAAUGGAGUACCCGGGCGCCGACGCCGACACGGUCCGUUAUUUCAAAGACGUCUACCUGCCGUCAAGUAUAGAUAUUUUCGAAGCCAUGGGUCAAACGCCGGAGGACAUCGCCAAAUGCACUAAAAAGGUCAUCGAGUCCAGCAGCCCUCGCUUCCGGAACCUGACCAACAGCAUGUACACGCCCAUCGUGGCCCUGAAGUACGCCGACGAGACGGGCGGCCUGUCCGUCAACACCUUCUACAACCUGCUCUUCAACCUGGGGCCGCUCAUGCACAUCACCAUGAGCAUCCUCAAGUGCCUGACCUGCAGCUGCCUGCGCCGACGCACCAUCUAGCCCCCGGGGGGGGGGCCCCGAUCAGCACGCCCACGCAGCCCCGGUACCUUCUCCAAGCACCAGUGUACAGUUCAUGCACAUAUUCAGAAAUAUAUUUAAUUUUCAGCAGUUUGGGAUGGACUUUAGGAAACGCACACAACAACAACAACGACGAAGCACAACUCAUUAAUAACAAUAAUAAUAAUAAUAAUGACAUUUUAAUUAUCUUAACAUGUAGAAUAUGACAAAGAAUACAUUUUAUCGUGCCCUUAAUAUUAUUCAUGUUGUCAUAACUGCUGUUUUAAUUUGUAAUCCUUUGGUGUCGCUUUUUAAGGGUACGUCACAUAUUCUUCCAUUUGUCAGACCGAUUUUUGAAUAAAUUCCAAUCUGAUUUAA